AUGAAUCAGGAUGAUCCUAGAGAUGCCGAUGUCGGCACAGAUGUAUUGCGUGUAGGCGUGAAAGUACCACCAUUUUGGCCAGAGGAACCCACCUUAUGGUUCGCUCAAGUCGAAAGCCAGUUCACGUUAUCUCGAAUAACAACCGACGAGACUAAGUUUUGCUAUUUAGUGGCUCAAUUAGAUCACCAAUAUGCAGCUGAAGUAAAAGACGUAAUUACUAAUCCGCCCGUUGCAGAUAAAUAUUCAAAACUUAAAAACGAGCUCAUUAAACGCCUAUCUGCCUCAAAGGAGAAACGCGUAAAGCAACUUAUAAUGCAUGAGGAGCUAGGCGACCGAAAACCAUCACAGUUCCUACGUCAUCUCGAAGGACUGGCAGGUCCAUCAGUCCCUAAAGAUUUUUUAGCCACUUUAUGGUCUAGUCGAUUACCUCAGACAAUUCAAACCGUAAUCGCUUCGCAGAUAGAUCUACCGUUAGAGAAGCUGGCAGAAUUGGCCGACAAGGUGCAUGAAAUUGCUCCAUCAACACCGCAGAUAGCAAGUACAUCUUCUAAUACUUCAUCUUCUUCAUACGAUGACUUGGCUAAGCAGGUAUGCGAACUAGCAAAGCAAGUAGCACAACUUAAGGCACGGUUAGAACACAAUAGCUCGCGCUCACGCUCAAAUACCCGAAAAUAUAAUCGCUCACGAAGCCGCUCAUGUCCCAAGCAACCACCCCUAGAUCAUCCUCAUUGUUUUUACCAUUUUACCUACGGCGCAAAUGCAAGAAAAUGCAAGGAGCCAUGUAGUUUUUCUUCGGAAAACUCCACGGGCAGUCGGAAGUAG